AAUUCCAACUCCAGCUCUUCAGUUAAUUAAGGGCUACUAGUAAUUGUUAGUCAAAGAGCGUGCCAAGCCAAGAACCCAGAUCGAUGGCCUCCGCUUCACUGAGCAGCCGGCGGGCCUUUCUGGCCGUGGCGACGACGACGCUCGUCGCUGCGGCGCUGCUGGCCCCCGCCCGCCACGCGAUGGCCGCCGCCGACGACAAGGCUAGGGCGCCAACACCAGCCUACGACGGCGCCAUGCCGCCGUCGCCAUCGACGCCCGUGAACAAUGGUGGCGCGUCGUCACCGCCGCCGUCGACGUCGCCGCCCGGCGACAUUGCCGUGGCGCCUUCAGCCUACAGCAACGCCACGCCGCCGUUGUUGCCCCUCGUUCCGCCGCCGCCGCCGCCUGCCUUUGUCAUCGUAGAGGGCGUCAUCUACUGCAAGAGCUGCAAGGGGAAGGGCUACAACACCGGCAUCGACGCGUCGCCUCUCCAAGGGGCCACGGCGAUGAUGAUCUGCUACGGGCGGAAGGUGGUGAAUGCGACGGGGACGGUGACGGACGCCAACGGCUACUUCCUCAUCAUGUUCUACGACGUGAAGAACUUCAACGCGAGGACGUGCAAGAUGUACCUGCUGUCGUCGCCGACGCCGCAGUGCAGCAAGCCAUACUACCCGCCCAACCAGUGGAUCGGGCUCUCCCUGGUGAGGGAGACCAGGACGAUCCCGCCGGCGGGGCUGCAGGGCAUCUACACCCCCACCAGCGUCCUCUUCUACGCCCCCGGCGCCAAAGGCCAGUGCCCCUACUGAUGACAACGACGACGACCUCUUCGUUCAGAUACCGGCCGGCCGGUGGACACAGGCGAGAGCGAGAACACCGUGGUCGCCGGCGCACAUAGGGCGUACGUGGCCGGCGACGUGCACGUACGUUCAAUUCGACACCGCCGUCGAACGCGCGAGACUGCGUACGUGUUGGAUCCAUCUCAGUCGAUCCAGCCGGCCAGUAGUAGGUAGUAAUAAGUAGCUAGGCAUUGCGUUCUUAGCUAAUUAAUUACAUUAUUCUAGUGGAAGUUCAGUUCUAGCAGUGAUGACGAUGCUUCGGUUUAUCGUCGAUUGUUGUCGGUGGCAUUGAGUUCUCACUGGCUUUUUUUUUUGUACUAGUUCUUUAUUUGUUUUAUUAAAAGUUUUCAUUUGUCCUUUCUCA